AGGCAUUGUUUUGUUCGCCACAAACAACCAAGAUAACAGAAUCACUGUACCUAUUUUCAAUAGCCACUGCUCACAUAUACCCAAUAUUCAUGAAACUUGCAUGUUUAUCUCUUUUCCAUUGAAAAAUUCGUCAGAGCUGAAAAAUCGUGAAUGAAAAGGUAUAAAAAGAAAUUCUCAUAUACCUCGAUGCUCAUUUUGUAGUUCAUUCUCGACGAAGAACAUUCGAAGACGAUUUUAUUUAUGUACUCGUAAAUACGUGUGAAAAUUAUUUCUGUUGCAAGACGAGAUCGUGUAGAUAGUUACUUUCAAUUUAUAUUGGGUUCGAGUUUUAAGUGCGAAUUUCGUGAUUUUGUUCGAUUUUUGAGUUUUUACAAGUGUCGUGGAGUUAACACAAGUUGUAUAAAAAUGAAUUUCAAUGCAUUCGGAGAACGUAAAUGGAAAAUGCGAAGAAACCAAUCUACCGGUUCUUUGAUGUUGGCGUUGAACACGAGAACAAACAACUUCCAAAAGGCAUCGGCUCGUGUUGCGAAAUCACGCAGCAAACUUCACGAAACCAAAAUUAACCUCCGAAGAAUGAUCAAGGAGUACAAAAAAGUCGAACGAGAAGUGAUGCAGAAGAAAAUUCGAUACGAACAGACCGUGGGCCAAUUAGAGGCGGUGAUAGAAGAGAUGCGUACCCCUGAUUACGAUGUACCGGAACGCGAAGAACUUGCCCUUUGGUAUUUUUCGGAGAGCACCAUAAGCAAUGCAAAAGCCGAAGUAGAAGAUAUUGAUACGGAAUUGGCUGAUUUGAAAAUGAUCGAUUCUAGGGCGGACAAUCCCAACAACGCAUCCCUCAGUAACACAAUCCCAGUGAAUUGCAGCAUAAUGAUCUCGGACAUCGAUUCAUCUGGCAGCAUUCAACGGAACGGGGUCGCCAAACUGACCACCACCAAAAAAUGCAGUCUUUGCGUGAAGAACGAAAUAAACUCCAUUUUUUACGACUGCAAGCACGAGUGCUGCUGCAUUGACUGCGCGACCAACCUCACCAAAAAUAAUGGAAGAUGCCCAAUAUGCCAGUCUUUGUCGAAGAGGGUCAUUAGGACGUAUGCCAUGUAAUAUAUUUUCUAUGUAAAUUAUUUUUCUUAUUUUUGUAUAUUUUUAUUAAUUUUAAGUACCUACCUACAUAAGUUUUAAGUUAGUUUAAAGAGAUUUUAUUUUUAUAUUUAUGUAUAUAUUUAUAAUAGCCCAGUUUCUUGUUUUUCGUUCGUUUUUUUAAAUUCGUGAUUUUUAUUUUUUUUUUUUAUGUAAAUACUUUUCCUUAUUUUGUAAACUGUAUUGAUUUUAUCAUCCAAUACACGUGAUCUUAGAACUAUAAAAUUUCUAUACAAUUUUUCGACUUCAACAAGCACCUCAUACUCUCUACGAUUUUAGGUAAAUAUUAAAAUUGGUCGACCAAUAUUAAUCUAUUACUUUGAAAAAAAAAUGUUAAAGAAAAAAAUCUAAUUUCGUUCAAAUUUGAGUUCAUGAAAAGAAUUUCAAGAAUCUUUGGUGGAAAUUGACCUUAAGUGUUCAAUUUUUCAAGUGAGCAGGUAAGUAUAACUAACGCACCACUUCAAAAAUUCUUAGAACAAGAAUAAAAUAGAGGUAAGUACCUAUUUACACAUCUUACAAAUUUUUCAAGUUCCUCAAUACUCGUAUUAGCCCUUUUAAUCAAUAUUAAGUUCAAGUUUUGGUAAAAAGUGAAGAUGACCCUAUUUUUGCUCUCACCAGGAACCACUCAUCUUUUGAAAAUCAAGUACAUUUUCUUGGCCCUUUCGAAAAAAUUCUGAUAAGGGGUGCCAUAGCACGUUUUAUUGCUAUGAACAUCACAAUGGUGUUUUCAAAAACAAGUUUCACAAUAGCCGAGGCGUGCUACAAGGCCACAACAAAUCUACAAACGAUUUCUCAAGCGC